AUGGCAUCUCCGCAAACAAAGGACGACAACAAGACUCCUGAGGCGACUGACCAUGCCGCCGGCACCAGCUAUGUGUAUGACGAGGGCGCGGUCGAGGAUGUUGACGAGACCUACCUCCGCGCCUCAAAGUCGACGAAGUUCUAUAGAGGCGUGUUAUUCCAGAUGAUCCUUUUUGGGGCUCUGUCCUUUGUAGGCCCAGCAAUGUCCGACGCCAUCUCCAACCUCGGAGGCGGUGGCCUCUCGACUCCGUACUUGGCCAACUUGGCGACUGCACUCAGCUACAUGGCUGGUUGCAUAGUCACCGUCUUUGGCGGACCUCUGAUUAACAAAUUUGGCAUCAAGUGGUCUUGCAUUAUCGCCGCUGUGACCAUGCCUCUUGCUGGUUCGGCCUACUACGUGAGCGCCAAGUAUUCAGUAGACUGGUAUCUGCUCUUUGCCAGACUUCUUGGAGGGUUCACCUCUGGCUUCCUCUACGUUGCCGAGACGGCCGCUAUGCUGUCGUACCCGAGUGCAAAUGACAGAGGGUUCUACUUGGGUAUCUGGUCUGCCAUGCGAAACUCUGGCAGCGUCAUGGGAGGCGCCAUCAACUUCUCAACCAACUACUCCAAGGCCAACGCGGGAGGCAUCGCAUGGUCCACAUACCUUAUUUUUGUCGGCUUUGAAUGCACUGGAACAAUCUGGGCCGUUCUUCUGUCUCCGACCCAGCGCGUACGACGCCGCGACGGCACAAGGAUCCCCAUGGCCAGCAGCAUAAGCUGGAAGAGAGAGCUCGUUGCGUUGUGGAGGCACUUGCAGCGCAGAAAGACGUGGCUCAUUUCCAUCCCCGCCUUCUACUCCUUCUUCUAUGGCGGAACCAUGGGCACCUAUCUAUCUCUGCACUUUUCAGUCCGAGCGCGCGCACUAUCGUCGCUCAUCUGUCCGGCAAUCACCAUCGUCAUGGUUCUCGGCUACGGGAAGCUGUUGGACAGUUCCCGCUGGUCACAAGCCAGGCGGGCGUGGAUCUCUUUCGCAAUCUGGGUCAUCCCUCAGGCCAUUUGCUUCAUCUGGAUCGGCAUCGAAUACCACAAGUUCGGCGGAGACCAGAUCGAUAAGGGCCUCGACUAUGAGUUGCAUACCAGGAGAUGGGCGGAAGCCUACCUUCCCUAUCUCAUCAUGUUCUCGACCGGGUACUGGACCCAGCUGUCCCUGUACUGGAUCCUCGGCACGUUUUCCACGGACGUGGGAUCCGCUUCCCGCUCGGGCGGCCUGUUCCGGGCCUUUGAGACUGCCGGCCAGGCCGUCUCGUACGCUCUGAACUCCAAGACCAGCGCCGAUCCCAGGAUUCCAUUCUACGUCAAUGCCGCGCUCAUGGUCGUCACCAUUCCGUGCAUGGUUUUCCUUAUCCGGCUGGUCCCGGAGGCGCCUGCUACCACUGAUAUAGAUGCGGGCGAUGUUGUUGUAGUUGAGGGGGAACGAGACCCGGAUAACAAAUAG